ACCCACACCCAUCCAAUGAAAAAAUUAUUGGAAAAACCUAAUUAGCGAAGCGAAAAUUUUUGAAUAAUGUAACAAAAUUGAGCUUGAGAAAACUCUUUUAGAAGAAAUUUUCCUCCAACAGUCUAUAUUCCAGUUGUUAAAAAUCACCUCCUAUCAACACUGCCAGAGCCAGGAGAGUGACUCCCUCUCCACCACCACUUUUUCUGUCCCUGACGACAACACAACAUUCAUAGAAUCAAUUUAAAUCUUUUCUUUGAAUAUUAGAUUAUAAAAUCAACAAAUACUAUUGUCUAUUUUUCAUAGCUAAAAAGUGCAAAAUUUUCAUUUAUUGGGGGGGAGGUGUACACCCCCCCCCCCCUCCACUUUCGCGGCCUCUGUGAGAUAAUCAUAAUUCGUAUUGUAUUUUUUAUCCUUUUUCAAUCGUUAAUGUGAGUGUGUUUCACGAGAUUCACUUGAAAGAAAAAAAAUAGUACGUGCUUUGUUUAUCUUAUACAUAUAUUGAUGCGAAGCUCAUGACCUUGAUCGAUGAGUUUAUCCCGGUUCUUGUUGAUAGAACGAACUUUCAUUUGAAAUAUGUUAUCGUUAUUAGAACGGAUGAGAAGGUGGCUAAAAAUUUUCAUGCAAUUGCACUUUUGUCAAAAUAAAAAGUUGUUUUUAAAUUCUUUUCUCAACAUAAAAACAUCAAUUUCUUUUCUAAUAAAAGUGGUAAUCGGUUAAUGCUUAAUAAGUCAAUUUCAUUUUUAUUUCUUCUAUGACAUAGAUUUAUCGGUCUGUUUGUUCUUUCUGAGUUGAGUAUUAUUCUCUAUGAUAGUUUUCAAUUUAUUGUUUUAUAAUUGAAAUUGUCAAUGACGUUGAUACUAUUAUUCUAUUCAAACCCGAAAAUUGUGAAAGAUUUUUGAGAUAUUGUUAUCCUUUUAAAUAUUUCUUCAGAAACAAUAUAGAAUACAAUUCACUUAGGAAUUUUGAAGUCUCGGAUGAGCUUUUCUGGAAUAUUUUUGUUCCAAAGACAAUCUACUAAAUUUCUAUUUAUUACUAUAAUUGCUCUUUUUUUUUGCUCACACAUAUAAUGGCAUGUGUUAGUACACGUAUGUGCACAUGAAGAAGAGGAAAAAGCAGGGUUUGAUUGAAAUACGAUCAAAAAUCGUAUGCUAGCUGUAUUCAAUUAUCAGCCUGUCAUCUUGAUAAAAAAAACUAAUGUAUAUUGUAGAAAUUUCAGAAGAAAACAAGUAACAUAUGAAAAGCUUGCCUAACAAAUAUACACAUACGUAAAUAAAAUAAGAAAAAAAAAUCAUAUAAUAUUCGUUUUACAUUUACAAAUUUUAUUUAGAAAUCCUUUAUUUAAUCGAAAAUUAGAACCGCGAAUGAUAUAAAACAUUUCUGACCAUCUUCAUUAUUUUUCCUUUUCAACUUCUGUGAAUAACAAAUUGAUUUAUAUAAUGUUGAGGUUAUUUAAAGUGAAAAACAAUCGCCUCUAGAAGAACAACAUAAUGCGUUAAAAAAUUGACUUCUAACGAGCAUGUGAUGUUACAGAUAAAUAUUUUAACAUACAUUUAAUGUAUAUAUAAAAAAUUGAUAAGAAAACUAAUGAAAUAGUUUCAACUUUUGAUAUGCUCUUUUUUAAUACAUGUAGAAAUAUGAACUUUUAUUCUUUUUCUCAUUCUAUCGGGAAAAUACCAAGUUCGUUUGAAUAUGAAGAAAUAAGCAAUAUUCAUUUCUAUUAUUCAUGACUCUCUCGCGCUCUCUCUAUUAAUCGAUUAAUGGAUGUGAGAUUCCAAUAUUUUUCUCUACAUAAAUAUAUAGGAAUAUUCAUAAUUACAUCUUUCAUAAGACUAAAAAAAUCAUUAUUUGUAACGGAAUGACUACCGUGAUCUAUUUCUCUUUUCAAAAAAAAAAAGAACCUUAUUUACUUUGUAUUGAUGAUUUAUUAAUUACGAUGACCUACUAAAAUCUUUUCUAAAUUCUUAGAAGAAAACAAAAUAAAUAAUUUCUUGAUAGCCGCAUCCUCUCGAGAAAAAAACAAAGAAAACACCCACUAUCAAAAGAGAAAAUUGGAAACAAGCCCAAAACUUAGAACGAUGUUGAUUUUGCAAAAAUUUAAAUGAACUUUUCACUUUUUUCUCUCUAUAAUCUCUCUCUAUUUCAGUCCAUCAAUUACGUGGAAGUUCCAUUGACAUUCAUCCAAAUGCUCGAUGGAAACAGAAUGGUAUUACUGUGGCUGGAGGAAAUGGAUAUGGCAGUGAACUCAAUCAACUCUCUUACCCAUGUGGUUUGUAUGUUGAUGAAGAUGACACAGUCUAUGUCGCUGAUCAAUGGAAUCACCGUAUUGUCGAAUGGAAACGUAGUGCAACGAAUGGCAAAGUAGUUGCCGGUGGAAAUGGAGAAGGAGAUGGAGUUCAUCAGUUGUCUAACCCACAAGAUGUGAUUAUCGACAAAGAAAAAGAUAGUCUCAUCAUCUGUGAUAACGGGAAUAAAAGAGUGGUUCGAUGGUCUCGUCGAAAUGGGACAAGUGGAGAAACAAUCAUCUCCAACAUCAAUUGUGUGGGUUUGACAAUGGACGAGAAUGAAUCUCUCUAUGUCACGGACGAUGGAAAACAUGAGGUGAGACGAUAUCGAAGAGGAGAAUCUCAAGGAACAGUGGUUGCAGGUGACAAUGGAGAAGGAAAUCGUCUUGAUCAACUCGCUUACCCACGCUACGCAUUCGUCGAUCGAGAUCAUUCGGUAUACGUGUCUGAAUGGGGAAAUAAUCGUGUGAUGAAAUUGGAAAAAGGUGCAAAACAAGGCCUUGUCGUGGCUGGCGGUCAAGCACAAGGAAAUAGUCUUACACAAUUGUCAAGUCCUCAAGGAGUCGUUGUCGAUCAAUUGGGUACUGUCUAUGUGGUUGAUAAUGGGAAUCAUCGAAUCAUGCGUUGGCCAAAAGGAGCCACACAAGGAAGUGUCAUUGUUGGUGGAAACGGUGAUGGAACACAAUCGAAUCAACUCCAUUGGCCCGUAGGUGUAUCAUUCGAUCGACAUGGCAAUCUCUAUGUCGUCGAUUUGGCAAAUAAUCGAGUACAAACAUUUAAUAUCGAAUAA